AUGUUCCACAAGACCGCCAUUUUAUUACUAGUUUUGGCCGUGGCCUUUGCGCAUGCAGAGCCACCACGCUUCCGCCAACGCAAUAGCCGUCUACAGCAACGCAGACCGUUUUUCGCACGUCAGGAGUCGGUGCCGUCAGCACCAGAACAGCCAGAGCUUGCACCCUACCCCUCAGCCGAUGAAUUGAAGCCGGAAAAUCCCUUCCAAGCGGAGGAAGAAGUGGAACCCGAGUUGGUUUACGGUCCACCUGACCCUACCUACGGACCGCCAUUGCCCGCAACAGAUCCCUUGCCCGUAGUAGAUGCACCAGCAGAAUUUGCGCCCAAUCCUGAAGCCGAAGAGUUCGCACGUCUGACCGUGGCGCGUCCCUCGCGUUUCCAACAGCGUCCCAAGCAACAAACAGCUCAAUUACAACUUGUGCAGAAAUCUCAACGCCUGCAACAGAAAAAGCCACAACAAAAAGCCAUCAUUAAGCAGAUCGUUAACGCACCCCAGCAGAAAGCGACCAUUAAGCAAGUAGUGAGCACACAACGUUUGGUAGCAAAGCCUGCGCCUGCCGCGACAGUGGUUGUGGCAGCACCCGCUGUGGCGUCGGCGCCAGCUAUUGCACCCAGCAAGGUGGUGAUCAGUUCGGAACGUCUAGUGCAGGUGGAACCGGCGCCACUUUUCAGCGCCUCCCUUGGUACGCCACUCGGCGAGUCUUACGUAGUGAUCAAUUCGCCAUUCGCGUUAACCUCACAUUACCAGUCGUGGUAG